UUUGAUAAUGUGGCACCUACGACUUUGGGUUUAAGAAAUGCUCUAAAGAAAUCGCGGCUGCUCGCAAACGCGACACUAACUGAAAUUGGAAAUUUCAGAUCGCAGGCGACUUUUCCGCCGUGGCAAUUCUUGAACAAGAUUUGCAGAAGCUUCUGCGUCGCAGCAAAUCCCCUAAAUUGGAAGGAUAGCCGACAAAUUCUAAGAAAUGGACGCAGUUCUCUCGAUUUUCGCAUUCUCAGGGAUCGUCGGCGCCGUGAUCGCGUUCGUGGUAUUCAGUGCUUAUUCCCGGAAGAGAAAAUCGGAAAUUCAGUCCAUCACCCGACCCGAGAACCUCAACCCGAACCCGAAGCCCGCUUCGAAGCCCUCGGCUGCCAAGAAGCCUCAGCACAAAUCUCAUUCCCAUUCUCAUGCAGCCGAUAAAGAUGCUAAUAAGAAGCAUCAUCACUUGGAUUUGAAUACUUUGAAAGGGCACGGCGAUGCUGUCACCGGCCUUAGUUUCUCGCCCGAUGGCCGUAGUUUAGCGACUGCUUGUGGAGAUGGUGUUGUUAGGAUUUUCAGGCUGGACGAUGCUUCAAGCAAAAGUUUCAAGUUCCUGAGGAUUAAUUUACCUGCGGGAGGCCAUCCGAAGGCAGUUUCUUUUGCUGGUGAUGCAUCUUCUAUUGUUGUGGCUUCCCAGGCACUCUCAGGGUCAUCUCUAUACAUGUAUGAAGAAGAAAAACCCAAAACAAUUGGAGACCAGAAGCAACAGAGCAAGCUCCCUCUCCCUGAAAUCAAAUGGGAACAUCAUAAAGUUCAUGACAAGAGAGCCAUCAUAACAUUGGUUGGGGCCAAGGCAACUUAUGGCAGCGCUGAUGGGAGUACUAUCAUUUUGUCAUGCUCAGAAGGCACUGAUAUUAUACUCUGGCAUGGGAAAACUGGGAAAUCAUUGGGUAACGUUGAUACAAAUCAGCUUAAAAAUACAAUGGCUACUAUAUCACCAAAUGGCCGUUUUAUUGCAGCAGCUGCCUUUACUGCUGAUGUGAAGGUUUGGGAAGUUGUGUAUUCAAAAGAUGGCUCAGUGAAGGAGAUUUUGAAAGCUAUGCAACUUAAAGGUCACAAGAGUGCAGUAACAUGGUUAUGCUUCAGUCCUAAUUCAGAACAGAUCAUCACAGCUUCCAAGGAUGGUACAAUAAGAAUAUGGAAUAUCAAUGUUCGAUAUCAUCUAGAUGAAGAUCCCAAGACUUUGAAGGUGUUUCCUAUUCCACUUCAUGAUGAAAAUGGCACUACUCUACACUAUGAUCUUCUCAGUUUGUCUCCUGAUGGCAAGAUACUGGCAGCAACCCAUGGUUCAACACUGCAGUGGCUAUGCGCUGAGACAGGACAGGUUUUGGACAUUGCUGAAAAAGCCCAUGAUGGUGAUAUCACAGAUAUGGCUUGGGCGCCUGUCACCAUUCUAAUGGAUAAUAAACAAACAGUUGUUCUAGCAACAGCCAGCAAUGACAAGAAAGUGAAGCUGUGGGAAGCUCCCACACUUAAUCCUUCAUGAAAUAUUGUUGAGAGUAUGUUUAAACCGCGGUGCUUAGAUGAGGCUUCUCGUUAUACGGCAGUCAUAUAACCUGACGUUCACAGUCUCCUUGGUGGGGAAUUACUACAGGCUUUUACCUCAGCGAUCAUCACUAGAAUUUCAUAGACAGACAAGGAUGCGACUUGCAAUACUGUUAUGGUGAAAAGUUGACGAGGCGAAUUUUCUUCUUGUUGUGUUUUUUUGACACAGAGAGCAAAACUAGUAAUGUUGCUUACGUUUUGGAAAAUUUUGGUCACUGCCCCACAUCAUCUUACCUUCUUUAUCCAUACUGAGAUGAAAGC